GGAUCUGGAGGCUGAGCAAAUUAUGACUUUGUUUGGAUUUACGGACCGAGCAUUAGCGACUUUAUCAUGUUGAUUUUUGUAAUUCUUCUUCACUUUGGUCUUAAAGUGUUGAACAUAUCUGCAGCCAUAGCAGAUUCCAUAGGAACUCACAUGUGCACAGACUUCAACCGGGCCACCAAGGCAGCGACCGUGCGAUGGGCCGUGUCCUCCACCAUGCCUGUGAACAUAUCGCACUGUGAGUUUGUCUGCUCACAAGAAGGCAGCCAGGAUCCAGCGAAAGUGGCCUAUAAUUUACCAUCUCACGGUAGCCAGGAGAUCAGUCUACAGAGUCCAGGAGUAUGGACCAUCAGAACAACAUGUACCUUGUCAUCUUCCUCCAGUUACCAAUCUCCAGAAAUAAGAUUAGAUACAGGCAAUACGAGUUCAACCCACAUCUGUUCUGAUAGUGGUUUAGGCAGUAUGUCUCCUGGUCAAAAAGAUAUAAACUUGUGUAUUUGGAGACCUGAGCUGAUGUUAGACUAUGCAUCUGUUAGGUGGCAGCCUACAUUCCAAUACUCUUCCACCAAUUGUGUCCUUCACCAAGAGGUCAAAGGUCAAGUUACGGAGAAGGCAAAUCUUCCUUCUGAUGAUCUAUUGAGUGUUGUCUUCGAUGGGGAUGAUCUCUCUGUGUGGGUGACAUGUGAUACUCCACAGGGCCAGCCAGUCAGCUCAUUGAAAGCACAUUACAUGCAAGGUGAUACAAAUGCAUGCUCCAUGGAGACCUCUUCCAGAACGCCAUCAGUCCCAGAUAUAACGGAUGGCGACCCUACAAUCAACACCCCAUCACAUAAUAGGAUAGGCAUCACAAACGUAACAAUGGGUUUAAUACUUGCUGGUUCCAUCUUCAUAGCAGCCGUUAUCAUCAGUAUAGGAUUCAUUAGGUGGUUCAGGUGGCAAAGAAGAAGAAGGAGAGAAAGGUAUAUUUUAAACGUAAUAUAAAUUUUACCUGUGAAAUUGAUUUAUUGCGUAUCAGUAUUUUAUGUCCAUCUGACUUUAAUGCACUCAAUCAUACUUUACUUUUUGCAGACAGAAGGGAGGAGGGCCCUAAUUCCAUUGGUUGGUAUUCUCAAAUCAUGAUACCAUUGAUUAAAUCAAUAAUUGGUUAUUGUAAUUUUAAUUGUAAUAUUGUUAUUUUAUGGAAUGCCUAUAAUUUUAAUUAUAAUAUUAUUUUAUGGAGUGCCUGAAAUGAAUUUCAAUGAAUUCCAUGGGAGCAUGGAAAAUCCCAAAUUAACUACAACUGUGAGAAUACCAAUCUUUUUAGAAUUGUAAUUUCUAUGACUCUAUAUUAUUAGUAUGGGAUGCAAUAUCCCUUUGCCAACCAUUUUUGUGGGAAAGAUUGCCAUCUUAUAUUGAUACUUAAAGCUAAAUGAAAGUAGUUGCAGUAAAACACUAAUUUCGUGAGAAAAUCUGUAAACCAAGAUUAAGUAUGACUAUAUCAUCGUGGAUCUAGAUCUGUAACAGUUACAUAAACUGAACUUUGUGAAAUCAUAAAAUCUAAGCUGAAAUACGAUCACACUGAAGAUCGCCUACACAGAUAGGCACACGUGGGACAGUGUAUUAUUAUUGCUGGAAUAAAGACCCGACUGAAGUGACUGAAUCCGCGCUUAUUUGGCUUAUUUCUCAGCAAUUACACAAUUUCUUCCAGAAUCCUUUGGCUCAUAUUUUUAUUCAUACAAACAGACACUUGGGUGGUCAUUAUAUUAGAUUCUGUAAAAAGUCAUUUUGAGAUCGUUACCAGAACUGGAAUUUACCUUUAACUUUAAAUCUACAGUAGGGACAAUCAUUUACUAGUAGUAUGCAGAGUCUUCUUUUAAGUGUACAUGUGUGCAUCAAGGCUGUGUACCAUACAUUUUGCAUUUUUAAGGGAGACAAGACUUAAGGGACCGUAUUUUUAUUAUGAGGUCCGUUCGCGUGCAGGAGAACACUGGACAGAUUCAAGAACGCGUUCCGACGAUUUGUGGGCGUGGCAAUGAACUUGUGGGCGUGGCAAUGAACUUAGAUUGUCGGAACGAAGCGGAAUAGGACCUAGUCACAGCGCAUGCGCGAUAACUGGCGAGGAUCGGCGGAACGAUGCAGAACAGCGCCUAGUUACAGCGCACGCGCAAAACUGGUGCGCCGAGGAUUUCGGCGCCGGCCGGUAUAGAAUGCUCGCUCACAAGAAAACAGCGGCACGAGUAGAAGUGCGCUUGCCUUAAUUUAAUCUAGAAUUAAAUUAUCAGUUGAUGCUUACCACCAUUAUCAAUAUCCUUUCUUCCCUUAUUCCUUUUCUCGUGCAUGUGAUAUGUGUGACACUUGACUGAGGCUCGUACUUUGUUUUGGAUUCGAGUACUAGUAUGGAGGCGAAGUGUGUGUUCAUAUACCUCCAUGUUUCAAACUACUAGCAGCUGUGUCGCGUCGGACGUGAAUGAAUUUGUAUUGUUUUGGUUGUAUUUUGUUUUUGCGGGGGGGGGGGGGGGGUUCAUUAUAUUUUUUUUCUCCCAUUGUCAGCAUUGUGAUAUGAAAUGAUUUUGGUACAAUUAUUUUCUGCAUUUGAUGAAUUAUUGUAUGCCUUUCCUCGAUUAUUAUUUUGACAUGAAUUCAUAUGAAUGGUCUAGAUUUACUGUCCUUCAAUUUAUCGUCUUUAAAUUAAUUCCAUGGUAUGAAUUGAAUUAAUUACCGUAAGAUACGAAUUGGAAUAUAGCGACAUUCCAUAAAAGAUUUGACCUAACAUACCAGUACUUAAAAUAUCUGGCUUCCAAUGCCUAGAAAUGGGCCACAUCACGCGUCUUCCAAAUGAGUGCCAGUUAGGAUUAAAGGUUUGUAAACUGUCAUAAAGUUAUUUUCAUAAGGUGUUGUUUUAUCAAAAAGUCCACCAAUACGUUUUAAACAACCUCAUACUAGAAUACCCUUUAAUUUG